CGUUACCGUGCGCUCCCUCCCUCCCUCCCGUUCUGUGCACGCCUGGCCGGUAGCGCCUCCGACUUGCCCGGCUACCCCAUGAAGCGAUGGCAGCGGCCAACUUCGGCAAGAUCCAGAUAGGGAUCUACGUGGAGAUCAAGCGCAGCGAUGGCCGAAUCCACCAAGCUAUGGUGACAUCUCUAAAUGAAGAAAAUGAAAGUGUAACUGUUGAAUGGAUUGAAAAUGGAGAUACUAAAGGCAAAGAGAUUGACUUGGAGAGUAUAUGUUCACUUAAUCCAGAUCUUGCACCUGAUGAAGAUAUUGAACCUGGUCCAGAGUCACUACCACCACCUGCUCCAUCAGCCAAAGUAAACAAAAUCCUGAAGACUCGUCGAACUGUGGUGCCUAUUAAAAAUGACAACCCCGUCAGAGAUAACAGAGUGUCUGGUUCUGCACGUGCAAGACCUUCUCAGCUUCCCGAUCAGUCUUUCUCCUCUCAACAGAAUGGUAGUGUUUCAGAUAUAUCUCCAGUUCAAGCUGCAAAAAAGGAAUUUGGACCCCCUUCGCGUAGAAAAUCUAAUUGUGUAAAAGAAGUUGAAAAAUUGCAAGAAAAACGUGAAAAAAGAAGGUUACAGCAGCAGGAACUUAGAGAAAAAAGAGCUCAGGAUGUUGAUGCUACAAACCCAAAUUAUGAAAUUAUGUGUAUGAUAAGAGAUUUCAGGGCAAGUUUGGAUUACAGACCACUGACAAAUGCAGAUCCUAUUGAUGAGCACAGGAUAUGUGUUUGUGUACGGAAACGACCACUCAAUAAAAAAGAAACUUUAAUGAAAGACCUUGAUGUUAUAACAAUUCCUAGUAAAGAUGUUGUGAUGGUACAUGAACCAAAACAAAAGGUGGAUUUAACACGGUACCUAGAAAACCAAACUUUUCGUUUUGAUUAUACCUUUGAUGAAACGUCUCCUAAUGAAAUGGUUUACAGGUUUACAGCUCGACCAUUAGUGGAGACCAUAUUUGAAAGGGGAAUGGCAACUUGUUUUGCAUAUGGGCAGACAGGCAGUGGAAAAACCCAUACUAUGGGUGGUGACUUUUCAGGAAAGAACCAGGAUUGUUCUAAAGGCAUAUAUGCGCUUGCAGCUCGAGACGUCUUUCUCAUGCUAAAGAAACCAAACAAUAAGAAGUUAGAACUCCAAGUGUAUGCAACAUUUUUUGAGAUCUACAGUGGUAAGGUUUUUGACUUGUUGAACAGGAAGACAAAAUUAAGAGUGUUAGAAGAUGGUAAACAGCAAGUCCAGGUGGUGGGAUUACAGGAACGGGAAGUUAAGUGUGUUGAAGAUGUUCUUAAGCUUAUUGAUAUAGGCAACAGCUGCAGGACAUCUGGCCAGACAUCUGCAAACGCACACUCAUCUCGAAGCCAUGCAGUGUUUCAGAUUAUUCUCAGAAGGAAAGGCAAAUUGCAUGGUAAAUUUUCUCUGAUUGAUUUGGCUGGCAAUGAAAGAGGAGCAGAUACUUCCAGUGCAGAUAGGCAGACUCGAUUGGAAGGUGCAGAAAUUAACAAGAGCCUUUUAGCACUCAAGGAGUGCAUUAGAGCCUUAGGCCGAAAUAAACCUCAUACACCCUUCAGAGCAAGUAAACUUACUCAGGUGCUAAGAGAUUCAUUCAUCGGAGAAAACUCCCGUACCUGUAUGAUUGCUACAAUUUCUCCAGGAAUGGCAUCAUGUGAAAACACUCUGAAUACAUUGAGAUACGCAAAUAGAGUAAAGGAAUUUGGAAUUAGUCCUUCGGACAUUCCCUUCUCACAGGGUAGUGGCAGUCGCUCUGAUCUCUCUCCUUCCUAUGAGUAUGACGACUUUUCUCCUUCAAUCACCAGGGUGAAGGAGCUGACAGUCGAUCCUACUGCCACAGGAGAUAACCGUCCCACUAUACACCAUCCUCCCAAUCAAAUUGAUGACUUGGAGACACAGUGGGGUGUGGGGAGCUCUCCUCAGAGAGAUGAUCUCAAACUGCUUUGCGAACAAAACGAAGAGGAAGUUUCUCCACAAUUGUUUACUUUUCAUGAAGCUGUGUCACAAAUGGUGGAAAUGGAAGAGCAAGUAGUAGAAGACCACAGGACUGUCUUCCAGGAAUCUCUUAGAUGGCUGGAGGAUGAGAAAGCUCUUCUUGAGAUGACAGAAGAAGUAGACUAUGAUGUGGAUUCUUAUGCUACCCAACUUGAAGUAAUUCUAGAUCAAAAAAUUGAAAUUCUGACCGAACUUAGAGACAAAGUGAAAUCUUUCCGGGCAGCUCUGCAAGAGGAGGAACAGGCCAGUAAGCAGAUCAGCCUGAAAAAACCACGUGCCCUUUGAAACAGUUCUUUGCUGCUAAAGGAGUCCAUGAACCUGUACUGCUGUAGCACACAUUUGUUACAAAACCCAGUGGCUGUAAGAACUCAACUACUUGAAAGUGUAAAAACAUUAGAAAUGUCUGUGGAAAUGUCCUGUUUCUUAUUCACCUGAAUGACAUUUUUAAGUUUGGUGUGAAACGCUCCUAUGAUGUCUACAAAAUGCUUCUAGACCAGACAGCACAACCAUGCAGGGUUCAGAUCUGUGAAGCACUUUGUUUAAAAUAUUUCACUUACUCAAAUCGUGAGGUUUUGGUUUGGAAAUAUUUGCCAUUUUUUAACAAUGAAGUAAAGCUGUGGCCAUUAAAAAGCCACAGUUUCUUUUUGGCUAUGUUCAGUUUUGUUACAAAGACCAGCUGUGCAGUUUUAAAUUGUGUUUGCGUGCAUGCACACCUCACUAGUGGUUGUAUGUAACUCCUCCUCUACAGACAGCUGUGCUUUAAUUCUUCCCAUUCUGUGCCUUGAUGAAGGCUACUUAACCCUCAGCAUCACCUUCCUGAAGCACAGCCUUAAUGAUAACAUUCCUUAUUUGUCAAUAUAAAUUACUUCCAGUGCGCGUGCAUUUUUAAUGUGUUUUGAGACUUUUUUUGGUGGCUAGAUUCAUUUCACAGGAUGUGCCAUAUCAUUUGAACAGGAACUGCAAUAGCUGUUAAGGGUGUACAAACAGCUGGACAUUCCAUCCUCCUUGUAAAAAUAUGGAAUUUAGAUUUAUUUGAGUACCAUAAAUAAUGGUGAUAUAAUUCUCACAUUUCAUUCUGUAAUUAAAAAGAAAAAAACACAAAAAACUGAUCAAAAAAAACCACAAAAAUAAAAAUUAGUUGAUGUAUAAUAAAGGGUAAUGUUUAAGUACUAAGGAGAGUUGUAUCUUUGGGUAAUGCACAUAUACAGUAUGUGUUAUGGUAUGUGGUAAUGUUGUCAGAGUAAAGGUACAAUCUGACCUCUGCAUAUGGAUAACUGUCAAAGUUCAGGGAUCCAGCUAAAUGAGUACACAUUGGCCUUUCACAUACUGUUAAAAUUUGGCUUUUAAUGCAUGACACACUUACAUGUUCAUUAACCGUAGUUUGCAGGUAGUUUGAGUAGCUCUGUUGCUUUAAAAAUAAAUGUAGCUAAUACCUAUUUUUCCCUUUGUACAGUGCCAGCAGCUGAAAAGUGGGUUGAACUUGCAUCUUUUGGGGAUUUUGCACAAUACCUCUUAACCUGGCGCUAAUAGAAAUCAAGUACCCUGAAUUCUUACCAAUGGCGCCAUGUGUAUCAGCACUUCUUAGGUGGUGGCACUCAAGUUAGUUUUGCAAGUCAGUAUCCAAAAAAAGCUGACCUUUCAUGUAAGAACUUCUUGUCAAAUGAAGACUUGUAGACCUCUCUAGGAGUUCUCCCAGUUUCCAGGAGUUUGUAUUAGCAGACUUUCCCUUGGAAUUGUUUAAAAAAUACUUUUGGAAUAUAAGCCUGUUUGUUUGUGCCAGUCCUGGCAGGGGAUAAAAGGAAGGCAAUUGAAAAGAUUGUUAAUAAGCCAGGAAUUCUUGUAGUGUUCAAUGUUUCUAUCUCCCAUAGAAUGCUAGGCUAUGGGAAGCUCUUGUCGCAUCAUGGUUAAAAAAAAAAAAAAUAAAAAAAAAAAUCUAUCUGUGUGUAAACAUGAACUGAAACAAUGUAGAUUUUACAUAAUGUGUUUAAUAAAAUUAAGCUAUUAAAUGAA